CUGCGGGGCAGCGCGUAAACGCGGCGUUACGCACGAGCUGAAGCCGUCGGUCGUGCGUGAUUUACACCUGCGCCCGUGCGCGAUGGAGCUGCCCUUUGGCGCUCUGGUCAUCGGCUCCGGGAUCUGCGGGAUUCUGAGUUUCGCUUCUCUGGCCACUUCCCUCGGAACCGAGUACUGGUUCAUAAUCGCGAUGGAUCCCGUGAACGCGAGCGACGCGGAGGACUGGAGUUCCAACUGCGGACUGUGGAGCAGCGGCGGGGGUGAGAAGAUGGAGGUGGACGACGACUCCACGUACUCCGACACGGAGCACCGCAUGCACAGUGCCAUCGUGGCGCUGCUGCCCCUCAGCCUGGUCCUGAUGCUGUUCGGGGGGAUCUGUGGGCUGGUCAGCUCUCUGGCUCGGAGCCCCGUCCUGCUCACGCGCACCGCCACCUUCUUCUUCUUCUGCAGUCAGCUGACCCUCAGUGGCGCCAGUCUCUACAUGGUGUACUCGCACCGGGCCCAGGCGGAGGCCGAGAGGCUGGCGGGGCCUCAGGACCUCGCCUCCCUGCGCAUCUCCUUCGGCUGGUCUCUGGGUCUGGCCUGGCUCUCCUACGGCCUGGAGCUCCUCGCUGCCGCGUUGCUCCUCGUGGCGGCGAGGGCGGUGCAGCUGCAGCAUGGCGGCGGUGGCGGCAGUCCCGCCAUGACCUGACACGACGGCCCGCCCGCGAGGACUGGACUGCAUGUGCUGUUAGCGUGUCACACAACAUACAUGUUGAUGUUUUGGUAUGUUUAUGUAUAUAUUAGGGCCGGGACUCUAUUAAAAAUAUUAAUGUAAUUAAUUAAAGGCUUUGUAAUUAAUUAAUCGAAAUUGAUCGCAUUUUAAUUGUAUAAAUAUUUGACCUGAGAACAGUGAGAAGUAAUUUUUUUCACAUGGAUUUUUAUUUUUGUUCAACCAAUUCCAGCAGACAAGUGUAGAAAUAGCAUAUUUAGAAAUAUAGUACUUUCAGAAAUUCAGGUAGCCUAUAGGUAAGUAGACCUUCUGUAAACUAUGUUUUUUUAAGUAGACCAAUACUUUCAAGUACAUUCAGAACAUUGGUUAUUUUUUCAGACGUGGUCUUAGUUACCCUGGUCCUUAAACCAGUCAUCUGGUGCAGUGUGGGUUGGGUGUGGGUCCUUGUACGUCCACGCUAGCUGCUAAUUGUUGUGCGUUGAGGUGAUACUUGAGGCUCGAUGUGAAUUCCUUGUUGCACAGCUUGCACACAACCAUGCUCUUAUCGACGCUUCCAUCCGUGUGUUUAUUAUAAUAAGAUGUCCCAUUCACGGGGCCACCCGACACGGUCUCGUCAGCUUCUUCGUUCAUGUUCACUGUGGUUUGUUGUUGUCUGAAGUCAUGAACGCUAGUUGGUGCUGCAGUAUAAAAUGCGUAAAAAAUGUUUAAUGUGUUAUUUUUUGUGUAAUUAAUUAAUCUUAAUUCAAAUUGUAAUUCAUUAAUUGUAAUUAACGUGCUAAAGU